AGUUUUUUUCACGACUAGGCACUCGGUACUCACACAGGCACAGUGAGACUGAGUCCCGCUCUGCAAAAUCCACCUCCUCCUUCUUCGCAAAGUCCCUCCAAUAAACUCUGCAACUGUAUCCACAGCUCCCUCGACCAAACUCACCAACAAGGAACCAAAACAAGAAGCAAAGAGGGAAGCCAUGUCUGGCCUCCCUCGGUCAUCAAGUGCUCCACUGAAGAAUGGCCUUCCUCCCCAAGAACUCCUUGAUGAUCUGUGCAGCCGGUUUGUUCUAAAUGUACCAAAAGAAGACCUGCAAUCAUUUGAGAGGAUUUUAUUUCUCGUGGAAUAUGCUCAUUGGUUUUAUGAGGACAACUCAGUGGAGAAAAAUCCAUCGCUGAAGUCAUUCAAUUUGAAGGAGUUCACUUCUUUAUUGUUUAACAGCUGUGAUGUUCUUAAACCUUAUGUUGCCCAUAUAGAUGACAUAUUCAAGGACUUCACUUCUUACAAGGUCAAGGUUCCUGUAACUGGCGCAAUCAUUUUGGAUGAAACCUUUGAAAGGUGCUUGCUCGUGAAGGGAUGGAAAGGAUCAAGUUGGAGUUUCCCUCGUGGCAAAAAGAACAAAGAUGAAGAAGACCAUGCAUGUGCCAUCAGAGAAGUCCAGGAAGAAACAGGUUUUGAUGUUACAAAGCUUCUUGACAAAGAUGAGUAUAUUGAAUUUAUAUUUGGACAACAAAGGGUGCGGCUCUACAUUAUUGCUGGUGUGAGAGAGGAUACUGCCUUUGCACCACUCACCAAAAAGGAGAUCAGUGAAAUCGCAUGGCACCGGCUGGAUGAUCUUCAGCCUGCAAGUGAUAAUGUGAUAUCUCGUGGUGUCACCGGCCUCAAGCUUUACAUGGUGUCCCCUUUUCUGGCAACAUUGAGAUCAUGGAUUUUAUCACAUCAGUCCCCAGUUGCUCCAAGACCUGAUAUGCCUCUCAAAGGAAUCAGCGUGUGGAAUGCGAAAAGCAGCUCGAUAGGGAGUAGUAGCCCCUUGAUAGUGGAGAGCCAAUCAACUAAACCUGAGCCCGAGGUUCGUCCUCCUGAGAAAGGACCAGGCAAGAGUUUCAGAAACUUCAGGUUUGAUGUUGCUCCAAUCUUGCAAGCAAUUGAUGCUGGUUUCUGUUCUUCAAUGUAACUUGCCUUCUUGUAAAGUGGUUCGAGUUUGCAUAGCCUGGUUAAUAUCCCCAUUUCACUUGUAUUCCCGAAUAGUACAGAGCUGCCCUCGUGUCAGGUGUACAUCGUUGUUGGUGUUAGAUUCUCAGUUGUGGGUGUGUGUAUAUUCUGUAUAGAAACCCACCUAUGGCAAAGGAUAUACUUUGAGUUCAUGUUGGUUUGGAAACUCGGAGGCGGAUACGAUGAAUGAGAACGUUAGAUUCUGCAGCAA